AUGCCGGCGCUCUACUUCACGGUCGCCUCGGCGUCCAGCGACGCAGCCGGGAGCGCCGCCUUCGGUCCGCGCCUCGGGCUGCUGCCGGGCGCCCCGGGCUCAGACGGCGGCUGGACGUCGGCGCGCUGCUGCGCGUUCCCGCAGGAGCUAUUGCUGCAGCUGGAGGGCAGCGCCGAGGUCCACGAGGUGGAGCUCUCGGCCCGCGCCGAGCUGGCGCCCUCGGCCGUGGACGUGGCAUUUAGCCGCGACGCCGGCCUCUUCGGCGGCUUCGGCGCGGCCCUGUACGCUGCCGCGAUAGCAGGGCUGCCGGGCUGGGCUGCCCUCGUCUGGCAGGCCGUGCGAGGGCCUGGACAGUCCGCCUCUUCUGAAGGCGGAGGAGGCUACCCUGGACACGAGGAGGAGUGUCCAGAGGUGAUCUGCGAGUGCCCUGAGGUGGUCUGCCCGAGGCCCGAGUGCCCCGAGACCGACUGCCCGAUCGUGGAGUGUCCGUCGGUCCCCGACUUCAGGGAAGUGUACCCCUUGCUGGAGGAGGGCAUCUUCGCCGUCCUCUUCCUGCCGCUGCUGGUUGCCACAGCCGCGGGAGUGCUGCUCGGGUGCUGGUGUGCCAAGAGGACGCGGAGCCAGAGAGGUGCGAACGGUCAGCACGUCAGCCCGUCCGCGUCGGACGAGAAGCGGCGGCAGCUCGCCGCUGAGCAGGUGGCGGCCUACAACGGGGUAGACGAGGACUUGUAUCACGAGACUUUGAUCACGGGGGUCAGCUCAGAGGAUCCCACUGAGGUUACCCUGUACACCGCCGAUCAGGAUCACUAUCAGUUCAACAUAGCGCCUGGGGAUGAUGUAGAGGCGGUGUACUGGAUCGGGCUGCCAGGAGGUCGCCCCGCUCACGUGCCAGAGAAUCAGAUCUAUCGGUUCCGCCACAACGUGCCGCCCAAUGAGCGCCAGAGGCUCUUCGCGGAGGCGCAGGGCAUGCUGGGAGCAGCGCCGGCGCCUCCACCCGCCCCUCUGGCGGCCCCGAUGCGGAAUGUGCAGAGGCAGGGUCUAGGCCGUCCCGCCGGGGCGGCCGCCAGACGCGCCGAGCCCGGCCGCGUGUGGGUCUUCGCUGAGGACCAUGGCCGCCACCAGAAGGGCGACAGCGUGGAGGAGCUCCCCGCGGGGUCAGUGGUGCUGGGAGAGAGGGCGGUCGUCCCCAUGGCGGACGGCAGCACGGCGCUCUUGCAGAUGAUCCCCCAGGACGGCAUUGAUGAGUUCAAGAUGGACGAUCUCAGGGUGAUGCCCGUGAAGUUCGACGGCAUGGGGCGGCGCAGGAGGCUCUUCCAGGAUGGCGUCGCCAGCUUCGUGCCCGACGAGCCCGAAGGGGGCUUGGGGCUUGAGGGCCCUGGCACAGUGUCCUGGAGAUGCCAGACCUAUGUCGAGAGGUCCCAGACGCCGGUGUCUCAGCAUGCGUCGUGGAGGGCGACAUCUGGCCAGCACGUGGCGACGGCCCUCCGCGACGAGCACCAGGUGGCCAAGGAGCAGAGGAAGGCUCGGGAGGAGCGUCGCCUGGGCCGCCAGAACAACAAGAACCACAAGGACAAGGCCCCAGAGGGCCAGGGGUGA